AUGGCGUCCUCCACAUCUCCAAACGAUCCGGACCACGACGCCUUCCCCGACACACGCUACGCCCUAGCGGAUUCAUACGCACAUCCAUACGAUGGGAUACAGCGCAGAAAACGCGCGACGCGCCUCGUCGUAACCCCCGGCGGGUUUCUUCGGCAUCAACUAGCACCACCAAGCCACGCAUCUCCGCCCUUCGGUGCUCUUUUAGCAGCUGGCGCUAGCGGAGACGAGGACGUUUCUCCUGCGGGGGGGCCGCCUGAUAGCAGCGCCGACUUCCGCUCGGGGCCCCAGGAGCUCUUCAGCAGCCUGCCCGCCGCGAACGACCUGCAUAUAGCUGGUAUCGCCCACGAGGAGAACGCCGCAUCGCCGCCUUUGCGCUUCGAGACGCCCGAGCCGUUCUUGGGCGACCACGACGACCCUAACGCACCGUUCCGCCCAGCGGCGCCGCCUUCCGUGCAUAACCACCAAGCGCACGACAGCGACAAUAAUGAUAAGGAUAACGAUGCGGCCAGCCCGCCAGACGUGAAGGUGAUCCUCUCUAGCGAGACGCCCGCUCCCUCCCCUUUUGUGCAGGGCACGCAGAGGCGGGCGACUUCGUCCCCCGCGUGCACGUCCACCCCGCCUGCAUACACGAUCCACCCCACCCUCAUCUCAACCUCAUCCCCAGCCCCGCUCCCCUCCUCCUCCCCCUCUACACUCCCAACGAACCCACCACCCUCCCUCCCCCUCCAAUCCUCGCUCUCGCUCCUCCCUACAGCCGUCGUCGCCAACACCACGUCCACCGGCGCGCCGCUCGCGGGCGCGGGCGCGGGCACCGCUCUGCCCAUGGCCUUCGGCGCGCUGCACACCGUCCCGUUCUACGUCUCGGUCGUCUUCGGGUCGAUCGCCGCCGCCGCGCUGCUCGCGGCGCUCGUCGCGUGGGCGUUCCGCUUCCGCUCUGCUGCGCGGGUGAGGCGCGAGGAGCGGAUAUUUGGGUUCCCGGGCACAGGGAAUGCGGGGGGUGGUGGUGGUGGAGAUGGAGGGGAUGGAGGGGGGUGGGCGGCGUGGUGGAGCCGCCCGUUCAUGGAUCGCGUGGCGAGCGGGCGGGAGUCGCUCGCGACGAUCGAGACGAGCUCUGUGGCGGAUGCUAGUUAUGUCAGUGCGCGACCCCAACCCAUUGUGGGACCUCCAAUCUCUGGUGUUGGGAGUGUUGGAGUUGCUGGUGUGGGUGGUGUAGGCGGCGGUGGUGUUAGUGCUGGAAGUGGGAAUGUUGGUGGAGGUGGUGGAGGUGGUGCGGUGCCUGCGGGUGUGUGGAGGGAAUGGGAGCAGGCGACGGGUAUGUCGUUCGGGAGGGCGAUGGGCGUGGGCGUGGGGUCGGGGACGGACGUGGGGAUGGCUACGGGGAUGGGGGUGGGGACGGGGAUGGGGAUGCAUAGGACGGUGUCGUCGAAGCGCCGCCAUCAGGCUCGCGCCGCUAAUGCUGCGAAUACUGGAGAAUUUAAAGGUGAUGGGGAUGGUGGGGAGUUUGGUGGGGAGUUUGGUGGGGUAAGGAAAGUUGGAGGAUUUUACGUGCACCCGCCCCCGCAGAUGUAUGACGCGCCGACGGUGCCGCUCGAGAACCCGUUCGCGCCCGCGCCCGCGCACACUAAUCCUUAUCAUUAUCCUUAUCCUUCUAGCGCCAGCACGAGUGAAUCGGCACCAGCACUACCACUACCAUUAGCACCACAACUAGCAUUAGCACGAUCAAGCUCGCGCACACGAGGGAGCGAAAGGACAGGAGAGCGCGGUGCGGGAGAGCGCGGUGCGGGAGAGCGCGGUGCGGGAAGGGGGCGCGUCGGGCUGCCGAGGAUGGACAGCCUGGGGUCUGGGGUUGGGCUUGGGCUCGGGCUCGAGUUUAGCGGGAGCUCCGAUCUGGAUUAUCUGCCGAGCUCCGAAGGGGACAUGGGUGGUGUGGGGUGUGUGGGAGGUAUGGGUGGUAUGGGGAGCAUGUUGCGGGUGACGAACCGCGCGGCGGGCGACGGGAUGUCGGUGCGCAGCGCGUCGGCGUCGCGGGCGAAUACUGCUAUGGGGAUGCGUGAGGAUGGGGAUGCGGAUGAGGAUGAGGAUGAGUUUUCGCCUACGCCGUCCACUUCCACUUCUGCGUUCACUGUAAGGCCUGCAUCCACCGCAAGGCCUGCGGGGAGCGACGCGGGCAAGACCCCGACCGCGGGCCCGCUGCCGUCCUUCCCGUCGUUCCCGGCGGUGCUGCAUGCGAUAAAGACGACGUUUGGCGCGGCGUUUAGCCCGAGCGUAAGUCAGGGGCGGGGUGAGGCGCAGCGGGGAGAGGAGGAGGAGGAGGAGGAUAGGUACACGCGGGCGCCGGAGCGGUGUGGGGUUAAGAAAACGAGAAAAUGGGCGCAAAUGGGUGUAGAUGCGCCGGUGGAAGAGAGGGAGGGGGAGGGGGAGGGGGAGAAGGAGAAGGAGGGGGAGAUGGCGGAGAGGGAGAUGGUGGAGAGGGAGGGGACGCAGCCGCUUUCGGUAUCGAAGAAGCACUCGCGGCGGUACCCCUCUGCUGCUGGCCCCUCAUCGAACAGCGCGAAGGCGAAGGCGAAAAGGCUGUCGCUGAUGCGCGGUGUGUCUGCGCGGCGCGUGGGGGAGGCGUUUGGUGUUGGGCUGUCGAAGAGGGGGAGGGGUAUGCGGAGGCUCGGGAGCUCUGCUAGUCGCAUGAGUCGGGGCGGGGGGAGCCGGCUGGGCGCCAGGUCCAGCACGAGAGGGAGUGGGGAGAGGGGGAAUGGGGAGAGGGGGAAUGGUGGGUGGGAGGACUUGGAUGCGCGUUCGGAUUAUGGGUUCGAUGCCGAUGGGGACAACGACAACGAUUACGGUGGAGAUGGCGAUGAUGAUGAUGUCGAUGAUGAUGAUGAUGAUGAGGAGGAGGAGGAGGAUGGGGGCCGCCCGCGGUUCCUAAGCCGGCCGUCUGCGGCGUCGUUCCUGUCGUUCAUCUCGAGCGUGUCCGGCGUGUCUGCGUUCUCGGUGAAUUCGGUGGACUCGGUGAAUUCGAGCCGGGAGGAGCUGAUGAGAUGA